AUGGAGGAUACAACGACUAAUGUGGAACAACAACAAGAUCUAUUAACUUCGUCGGUGCGGACAGAACGAUCUAAAUCAAAAACUAGAUGGUCACAAACGGUUUAUAGAACAAUAACUGAACAUUAUUGGCCCAUUUUAUUGUUACUUGUUGUUAUUAUGAUUAGCAUUGGAGUGGUAGCCUAUUUCCCUCGACUCAACUCAAAUGAAACUGAAGAUGGUAUUGUUCUAAAACAAGGAACAUCAUUCAAUCGAAAUCAACAGAGUGCUCAUCAACAAAAUCCAAUGCAGCAAAUGUCUUUUGGACGAGUAAGUUUUUCUCAAGUAUUCAAUGGUAUAUCUAGUUAUUUUUAA